CAAGGGGAAAAUCAAAGAUGCUAGUAUGUUAAUACAGAGAUGUCUUAGUAUAGAGUUUCUUGUUUUUAGUAGUGUCAUGGCUUUUCGUAAUGAUGCAUUAAUUGUAGCAAUCAUCAGGGUAUCUCCAAAUUUAAGACAUCUAGACAUUGGUAGUAAUGAUAUUGGCGAUGAGAUUACUGAAGCGCUAGCCCAUACAUGUCAUAAAUUAGAAUAUCUCGAUCUAAGUUGCUGUUCAUUUGUUAGCGAACCAUCAAUUUGUAAUGUUAUUCGUUCCUGCCCGAAACUCCAGCAUCUUAACCUCAGCUUUUGUGAAAUUUCUAAUGUAACUAUCAAAGAAAUUGCUCAUUCAUGUCUCAGUUUAAAAUUUCUAGAUUUUGAAAACUGCAAAAAUGUUAGCAAAAAAACUAUGAGUCAGCUAAAUCCAAAUAUUCAUAUAGAAAAUUUUGAUGAAGAUUACUACUGUUCCGAUUCAGAGUCUUCUAGCUCUGAAACCGAAUCAAAGUCCAAAUCAUCUAGUUCUGAGUCAGAGGAUGAAGUUACCUAUUAUAAUAAUCUUUCUCCUCCGAUGAUUAUGGACUUACCCGAUAGCCCGAAUGAUUUUAUUAGCACAUUUAGUGAUUUUCUUAGACAGAAUGGUGGUGCUAAUAAUAAUUUUAUUUCUGCAUUUCUUAAUCAGGAAUUAGCACAAUGCUCUUUGGCCGAGCAAUGGUACUCUACCGAUCUAACUAAUCCAACACUCUGGAGUAGUGAAUAG